AUUACGUUUACGCCGAGAGCGCUUCGGUCAAGGGCCACGUUUAUCCAGCGCCCUGUGCUCUUUCUGCAUAAGAGGCUUACCUAAUCCCGCGUGCAGCGUCCAGCCUCUCGGCAAAAUCCAAAUCUGGACGGACUGUUGUGAUAUGAAGCAGGAAUCACGCGUGUAACAGGGAGGGGGUGGGGAACUUCCAUCCACCCUCACCGCCCGACGGCACGAUAUUCACUGUAAGGCAGCGCUGUACUACAGGAGUUAGAUGCAGCGCGAGGCAAGUUGUGGGAGAUCAUAGCCGAAGCCCCGGUGCAGCGCCGCGCCGGGGAGCAGCCCUUUCCUCCAGGUUUUAUGAGCCCUUUUCAUGCACGCUUACUCGAGAAGACCGAUGGCUAAGAUCAGGGUCUCGUACGAGUACUCGGAGGCGGAGGACAAGAGCAUCAGGCUCGGACUGUUCCUGAUCGCGUGCGGCAUCCUGUCGCUCUUCAUCCUCUGCUUCUGCUGGCUGAGCCCCACCUUACAGAGCAUGCGGAGCAAGCCGGCCAACUGCACGGUGAUCUCCGUGAGCUGUCUCGAGGAGCGCUUCGAGUGCGUGUUUACGUGCGGCGCCGACUGCAAGGGCACGUCGCUCUAUCCGUGCCUGCAGAUCUUCGUGAACAACUCCGAGUCCAACUCGGUCGCGCUGCUGCACUACGAUGAGCAACAGCUGGUGCUCAACCCCAAGUGUUCCUAUGUUCCCAAAUGUGAGCGAGAUAACCAGAAGAUGCAACAAGACAUUCAAAGGCUUGAACAUUACUGGAGUAAAGAGGGUAAAAAUCAGUCAUUUACCUGCUUCUUUAACCCCCAGAGGAGGCCAGAUGAUGUGCUGUGGCAGCGUUCCCAUGAUACUAGUGUGCUCCUCCACUGUGUGCUGUGGCCAAUGGUUAGUCUGUUGGUGGGAACACUCAUUGUGGUUCUCACAGUCUGUGCUCGUUCUCUGGCUGUCCGAGCUGAAGCUAUCCAGAAGCGGAAGUUCUCCUAAGAAUCAGCACAGACUGAAGGACUUUUACACACACAUCAACUUCCAUUUGGCUUCUGAGGUGCACCUUCUCAUGGCUCCUGCUUGCAAUGCUGUGGAGCUCUGAUUGCCGAACACAGGGCAUUUUGUAUGUUGGACUUAAACCCAGGAAGCAUGGUGAGUGGUGGUGACAUGUAGCCCUGGUAAAUCUUGAUUACUGGGUCUAGUCGAGGACAAUCUUGUAAACUUUUCCUAGGACUAGAAGCACAACAUGCAAAUGCUUGUUGGUUUACUUUGUUUUUGAUUUGUGCCUCAUCACCUGGUUUGAUUUUGCUGGAGUUCAUCCAACAAAAUAAAAAAUGCUGUUUUUAAAUAUUUGUGGUUAUACCUAUUAAGGCCAUAGAAAAACUUAGUUAAACAGCAGCUUCACUGUCUCUUCUGUCUCAGUUGCUGAAAUGUCCUGGUAAUUUGUUUUCAUUCCGCUUUGGUGUUUGUGUGCUAGCUUCUUUUCCUUUUCACCUCUGUGAUGUGCCAUUUAUGUCACUGUAGUACUUAUUGCAAACAAGCAGUGGCAUGGUGGAAUGCUUUACGUAGCAUUUGCUAAUGUAGCAAGAAAUAUUUUGUGUAUUGAGCAGCUAUGUUUUUGGGCACUUUCCUCUACCUCAUCCAUGUUUCAUGCAUUGCCAAACAAGUCAUUAAAAAUCUCUAAACUCAACUAUGUCAUGAGCUCAAGCGAGUGUAAUGCCAUUUUCUUGUAGUAGCCAAUGGUCUACCUUAUAUUCUAGCCAUAGUGUGAGGCUUCCUAAAAGCUAGACACAGGAUAUGUAUGAGCAAUAUUGUGAUUUGUUACUUUUUUUGGGGGGGAUUUUUACUAAGUUGUUUUUACAAUUGCUUGAACACAAGACACUAUGUUCCAUACCUCUAAAUACAAACCUCAAGACUGUAGACCAGUUUCAUCAAUGUCUGUCAAAAUCAAACCCAACUUUUUCAAAGAGAGCCUAAGUAGUGGUACAGUGGUGAUAUGGCAUAUAUAUUUAAAGUGCACUAGUUUUAUUAGCAUUAGCUCCAGUUUAGAUGUUUUUUUUCAAUUAUACAUUAGCUUUGAGUAGAUGUAUUUGUACUAUAGCAUCAUAGACUUACCAGCCAUAAGCUACCACUCCUGUAACCUGCAGUUGCCUUUAGCUGUUUUACAGUUACUUUACAUGUAUCUUAAAUGUAUGUGUCCAACAUUGUAUGUAACCUAAAUGUGCAAAAAUCUUGUGCUCUUCUUUUAAUGCUGAAAAAUCACACUCUGCUGAGAGAAGAGGUUGUGAAGGGGUUGUAAAACCUAUUCAGUCAAUGGAGUAAGCUCAUUGAGCUCUGAAUGGCAGUAUUUGACCAUGGGAGAAAUAUUCUGGGCAAAAGUGCAUAAAUGAUUAAUAAUGUGUUGAGAGUUUGGAAAGUGGCGUGAUUUAGCCUAUGCUUCAAGCAUAAAGCAGCAAAGGUGUGGAUCACUAGCUCAGUGCAGCAUUUCUGGGUCUGCGUCUUUCCACGUCAAAUGUCAAUUUUUGUGUUCAAGCAAUUGUGUUUUAUGCAUGGAAACAUGCUUAAGCCCCUCCCCAUCAUUUGAUUAUUCGCAACACAGUUUUCAGCCUGUUCCAGCAGUACUUCGCUGCAUUACUCCUGCUCAUAUCUGCUCUACUCCUGCUCAAAACCGAUCCCAGCUUUGAAAAACCUAGGUGGAAGUCACAUUUUUGCCAAAAAAUUGCUGUAUUCUAAAAUUAAAGUAGUUACUGCCAUCAGCAGAUGUGAAAUAUGAAUUCAGAUGAAAUAUUAAACAGUAUUCAUCUGAAAGAUUAAAUAUUUAAAAAAUAUAUGAAGUGCACUUUUAGACCUCUUAUUGGCCUGAUGCCAGAAUUACUUUGCUUUUUAGACUUUAUACUCCAUAAUUUGGAGCAACAGCAGGACAAGUGUACAAAGUCAAUAUGAAACCAUCAGAAAAAAUGGCUGCAGACAUUUUAUAAAAGCUUAAUGUGUUAAAGGUGCUGCACCAUCACCUUUAUUUGUAUGGUAAACAUUGAAGAUUAUUACAUUAAAUUUGUUAAUUAUUAUUAUUAUUAUUGCUGCACACUGCAUUGUUACUGCUUAUUUCCCAGAGGUGGCAUCACAUUUGGCUCAUUUAAAUGCAAUGAAUCAGUUGGUGUCAUAUAUAUAAAUAAAUAAAUAAAAAAAUAACAUGUAAAGAAAAGCAGGCAAUGCAGACAUUAUGAACAUUUAGGUAUGUCACUAAGUGGCAUGGGAAGCCUUUGAACAAAGAAAAUAUAACAAUGGACAAGAAUAACAAAGAUGAUAAAUGAUAUUGGUGCAGGACCUUUAAAAAAAAUUUAAAUAAUUUCCCAGUAGUCACAUUUAUUAAGAUGUAAACCAGUGGUUUGCAGUUUCAGACUCUCUGGCAGGAGUCCAGCAGUCUAAUGCUUGGGGUACUGAAGUGCCUCGCAUUUUCCUGCGAAGUUUCAGGGCUUCUUGAUUGACUGAUUUCAAAUUGUUUCAUGUUUAUGUAAUGUCAUAUAACGUGUUUUUUUUUUUAAAUUAUUUUUUAUGACUCUGUAAAUGUUGUUGAACAUUUUGAAGUUGAAUAUUUGUUCAAAAUUGUCCUCAUUUCUUUUGUUCGUUUUGUUACAUACUUGGAUACAUCCACCUUGUAGUUCAUCAGCUGCUUUAAGUUCAGUUCUUAGGAUGUGAACUGGUGAAUGUAAGAAAGUGUGACAUCUGUGUGCAAUAGCACACAUUUGUAAACCUGCUAGGGUCCAUCCUUGUACUAGCACAGUGUAGAAACCUUAUAGCAGGAUAGUAUUUUCCUGUACAAUAGGAGAAAAUUUUGUAAUUUAAUACUUGAUCACCAGUUCUCUUCUGAGGUGUCUCAUUUGCCGUCCUUUAUGGAAACUAGGGAUGUGCGUUCGGACUAAGUUCCAGUUAACUGAAGGGAAGGAAAACACAAAGAACAGCUCAAAGAAAGUUUCAGCUGUAGUUAUUGUAGGGCUGGAGGCUUAUUGACACUCAUACUGGUGUUAAAAUGCCAAGAUAUCAGUAGCACAAAAGUGCCAGAGGAAUACAUGUUGUUAUUAGUCUUGGUCUUGUCUUGGCAUCGGGGUUAAGUGGACUCGGAAAUUGUUGUUGAAACUAGCCGAAUCGGAUGCCUCCAUCUGGGGUAACUAGGAGCUAAUUAUUAUUAAAUGUUAACAAAACCAGAAUAAGAGCUUUCUCUGUGUACUAAACUCUCCGUCGUGCACUGUUCUUCGCACUGCGUCACUGAUGCGCACACGCUGGCAUGGACACAGGAUAGAGACGGUAGCAGCCGGAGCCGGAAAACAAACAAAACGAAUGGAGUUCCAAUCUCCAUUUAAAAUGAGUACAAAUACAUCUUUGCUAAAGUUAUCAAUCAUAACACUAACAUUAGCUGGCUAGCUUAUUCCUAACAAUAGUUGCUUUUAUGGAGACAUCCGUGUUUUUCCCCGGUAGCCUUGUAGCUCAAAAAUUCGGCACUCCGGCUUCCCGCUAAUUAGCUGGCUAAGCAAACUUGUAAUGCUGCUAGGUGUGUAGCGUUUAGCUUGCUAUCUAUCAAGCUAGCAAAGUAAACAAACAUGUACAUCAGAUAUAAACAAAUUGAAUAUGCAGUGGUGCUUGAAAGUUUUAUUUGACGUAAAGCUUCAUCAGAUUUUCACACAUAUCCUAAUAGUAGAUAAAGAGAACCAAAUUAAAUGACACAAAAAUAUUAAACUUGGUCAGGAUGGGCCAGGAUGUCCUGCCGUCAUUCAUGGGAUAAUGAACUCUGAAGAAAACCAGCAAAUUCUAAAGGGAAAUCUGUCUGUGGUCUGAAACUCAAGAGAACAUGGGUUGUUGCAAGACAAUGACCCUAAGUGCACAAGUCAUUCUACCAGAAUGGUUGAAGAAGGACCUGAAGCGAGGAGUUAUUGAGAGGAAACCCACAAACAUAACAGAGUUGAAGCUGUUUUGGAUGGAGGAAUGGGCUAAAAUUCCUCCAAGGCAGUGUGCAGGACUAAUCAACAGUUACCAGAAACGUUUAGUUGCAGUUAUUGCUGCACAAGUGGGUCACACCAGAUACUGAAAGCAAAGGUUCACAUACUUUUGCCACUCACAGAUAUGUAAUAUUGCAUAAUUUUCCUCAAUUAAUGAAUGAGUCUAAUCAAGUCUAAUAUUUUGUCUCAUUUGUUUAAUCUGGUUCUCUUUAUUAUCUCUACUUUCAGGACUUGUAUGAAAAUCUGAUGAAGGUUUUGGUCCAAUUUAUGCAGAAAUAUAGAAAAUUCUAAAUAAUAUGAUUUCUUUAAAUGUUGAAGGUUUGUACAACUUUUUUUUGACAACUUUUACAGAAAGAAGAGUCAAUAUUUUUCCACUCAUCUCUGAUGACUUCAAACCAUUGAAACAUUGUCGAGCUAGUUUGUGUUGAAUGUGAUACCAAAUAUUAAUGAACAACGUAAAAGCAUCUUCAUAUAUUCAUUGCAGAGUUAAGUGAAAUUUGUAAAGGAUAUUAGAGAAAUUAUUCAAACAUAAAAUGAAAAAUAUGAUGCUGGGCGGUACAAUGAUGGAUCCCAUAUGGUUAAAUGAAUUAUUUUGCGCUUUGCAACAUGAGGGCAGAGUGUGUUUUGCUUGAACAUACAUUCAAAACUUGUCCUGCUCUGUCACUGUUUGUCACUGCAGUUUGCUCCCUCCCUUUCUCCUCUGCCUUAUACACUCUACACCAAAUAAUCUUCACAGUACUCGCUCACAUCAUAGCUUCAAUCCACGUGCUUAGAUAUGACUAGCACAGAGCUUGGGAAGAGCACAACAGUGCUGAUAGAUUGACUAAAUUUUGACAUUGCCAGACCCAGUACUGAGAAAUAAAACAUAUCAAACAGCUGCGUUCUGAAUGGAGUGGAUUAGAAAGAAACCACGUGAUGUUGGAUAUAUCAUGAUAUCUCAAUGAGUAGUGCCUGAUUUAGUUCUAUAACAAAAGAUCAAUAAAAAAUGGUAUUAUAUUGUA